AAUGAAACACAGUCAUUACCUGCCAUCGAAUUCUUAUCGGUAAGGUUUUGGUAAAGGAAAGUUAUUUCAGGAUAGUAACGAUAUUCUGCUUUCACGUAGAUAUUCCUUGCAAAAUUAACCGAUGUUCGCAUCUGCUUAUACGUACAAAACUUCCAAUACCACAUUGAAAUUUACCGAAAAUGUCUGCACAGUACAUCUUAGUAGUUCUUGCUCCAACCUAAUUCAUUAAACUAGUCAAUCGUCACUUGCGCGCAAGUUUUAUCAGUGGACGCGUUCGGGCAAUCUAUCUACGAAGGGAAACGCUUUCUCUCUGAGUGGGGAGUCUUCAAGAGUUAUAUCUGCUGAACUGAGGCUUGUACCAAUAAUUCCCUGUCGCUACAGCAGGAUGAGUUCACAUAUUUUUGCAGUAGAAGUCACUAAUCUGUCCCCUGAAGCGACAGAAAAGGAUCUUUAUGAUUUCUUCGCUUUGUGUGGUAAAAUUGAACAUGUUGAGAUCAUCAGGCAUGGAGAGCUUGCAACUACCGGUUAUGUCACCUUUGAAGACUUUCAUGCCAUGGAGAUGGCAGUCCUGCUAAGUGGUGCUACAAUCCUAGAUCAGAAAGUGUGCAUUGCCCGUUGGGGUGAUUAUGAUGACUCUUAUAGUCUGUGGGGUGGCUAUUCGUGGAGUCAUGAUGGAGACACAAUUUCGAAGGCCACACAAGAGAGCCACUUCGUGGCCACUCCAACGGAAGCUGUAACAAUGGCACAAGAAGUAGUUAAAACCAUGUUAGCCAAAGGAUACAUCCUAGGCAAGGAUGCAUUGGCCAAGGCGAGAGAGUUUGAUGAAUCCCAUAAAGUGUCUGCCGCAGCUGCUGCGAAGGUUUGUGAAUUGAGCAAGAGAAUUGGGCUCACUGACCGGAUCAAUGCAGGAGUUGAUACGCUCAAAUCAGUGGACGAGAGGUACAAUGUCUCUGGAAUUACUAGCACAGCAUUGGCAGUUACAGGCAGGGGUGUGGCAGCUACAGGAAGGGGUGUGGCAGCUGCAACCAACGCCGUUGUUAAGAGCAGCUACUUCUCUGCUAGUGCUCUUUGGGUGUCUGAUGCUCUUGCCCGUGCUUCUAAGGCUGCAGCUGAACUGGGAAGUCAUUCCAGUAAGAAGUGAACUAUUGAAACUUUUUAUGCUCGACUGUACUGUGAGAAUUGGCAAUACAAGCUGGCCUUCUUUCUGCUUGGUUAAGCAAGGACAGUUCCUUUCUGUAAUGUAACUAAUGAUAAUAGUAAUGAGGCUUCCAAAAUUUAACUAGUUCUUAUGUCUGUUUUUCUUUUCCUUUUCGGAUACCAAUUGAUAAUAUGAAUCAUCUUCCCGGAUCUUUAGCUGCA